GUGUAUAUGUGUGGCCACAAAUAAGCGAAAAAUAUAUUUGGGCAAUGCAAAGCCUAACACUGGUCCUCUCAUAGUCAUGAAUCUAUCAUAACUCUUCCUUUCCUUUUAUCGUUUCAUUCAGAAAACAUGGAUGCCAUGACACUGUCACUCCCGCUCCCUCCGGUUCCGGUCUGUACAGUGCCCGCAUCUGCAUCAACCUCGUCCUCCGUUUCUCUCACUCACUCCUGGUCGGCCACGGCCAGGCAGAGGCUCUCCUCUCACAGAACAAGACCCAUUUUCCGGAAUUAUUCCUCUGCGGUUCCAAAACUUACAGUGGUGACAUGCGGUGCGGCUGUGACGGAGAUCAACGAGACCCAAUUCAAAGACACGGUUCUGAAGGCUAACCGUCCGGUUCUUGUUGAGUUCGUCGCUACUUGGUGCGGUCCUUGCCGUCUCAUCUCCCCCUCUAUGGAAUCCCUCGCUAAGGAAUAUGAAGACAGAUUAACGGUUGUAAAGAUUGAUCAUGAUGCCAACCCACGGCUAAUUGAAGAGUAUAAAGUUUAUGGACUACCAACAUUAAUACUCUUCAAGAACGGGCAAGAAGUUCCAGAAAGCAGAAGGGAAGGUGCAAUUACAAAAGUGAAACUUAAAGAGUACGUGGAUGCUCUAUUGGAAUCGAUAUCAGUUUCAUAGUCAUCAUAUUCAUAUAUGUUUCAAAGUUCUGACCUGUUCUGGGAGACUUGAGAUAUAGGAGCAUAUCUGUUUGUUUCCAUAUCCUUGUAUUGUAUGAAACAGUUUAACAGGCUUAUACAGUUGUAUAAUCUAUAUAAUUUCUGAAGCUGUAAAUACAGCAUAAUGUGGUGAAGGAAGGUUGUGCUUAAGGGUUUCUA